AAAUGGAAAAAGGCUGGAGACUAUGGUGAGAUAAAAUCUCAUCAUUUUUAGCUCCCAAACUGUUGGAUUGGUUAAGUUUAUCUUUUGUUUCUUUCGUUGGCUGACUUAAGGCCACGUCGUAUAUUUAUCUCCUAUGUUUUGUAUUUUCUACUUUAUUUCUUUAUAGUAUUAAUGUAUAUAUAUGCUCGACUCUCUUGGUGCUUUCAUUAUAAAAAAAAGUUUGAAAGUUUGCACGUUUUACUAUUUCUUGAACCUUGAUAUUGUGUUUAGUGCAUUAAAAAUUCCUUUUGUUUCCUAGAUGUACCACCUCCACAUAAAUUUGAUCUUUUUUGGUACUAAUUAAAUUUCAUGAAUACAAGUGGUUAUGGAACUCUCGAAGAACUACUUGAAGUUAUAACCUGGGCUCAAUUAGGCAUUCAUGAUAAACCAGUAGGUUUGCUCAAUGUGGAUGGAUACUACAACUCAUUGUUGUCAUUCAUUGACAAAGCCGUUGAGGAAGGCUUCAUUAGUCCAAAUGCUCGCCAAAUCAUUCUAUCUGCACCUACAGCAAAGGAACUAGUUGAGAAAUUGGAGGUAUCUUUUCUGAAUUUUCAUGACUAAUAUACUGAGAUUUUUGUUGAUUAUAGUAGUAAACGAACCAGAUUCCGCCUUAAGAAGCAGAGAAGUUCAAUUUUUUGUUGAAACAAAAAGGA